UAGACUCUGCGAGGUGAAACAGAAAGCAGUGGGUCAGCGUGUCAUGUGUCGUCUUCAUACAGCAGCGGUCAUGUGUCAAGAGAACAACACAGGAAGUGCCUGGUAGCUUAACAACGGCCAUGAAGAUACGAGGAACAUAGUGAAUAAAAAAGUGUCUCCGUGCCGGAUACAAGUGAAUUAAUGUUGAUUCUGCCAGACUCUGUAAAAAAGCGGAUGUUGCCAGAAUGGAAAGAUCUGUCAUAAUCGUCAUUUUGUCGGUUAUUUUCUCGACAUCGCAGAUAAACUGCCAAGAAGCGAUCUUGCACAUUUCAGAUGGAGUUACAGAUCAGGAGUACUGCAUCGUCCACAAUCACUCCUGGACCCCCCUAUCACAAACUCUCGAUACUGCUUUGCAGUAUUCACUGGUGAACAUGACCUCCACUCUUCUGUGCGACGACUCAGGGGUCACUCCAGAGGUGGUUAUGGGCAAAGCGUUGGUGGUGAUGAGGGGGGAGUGUGAUUUCAGCCAGAAAGCUCUGGUUGCUCAGAGUCUCGGAGCUACAACUUUGCUCAUUGCCAGCAACAAAACUUUGAUCACUCCAUCAGCCAAUAACUCAGAGUAUGCAAAGGUCCAUAUUCCCCUGGCACUCAUGAGGUACAGGGACUUCCUGGAAGCACAGCAGGUGUUUGGUGAAAAUAUGCAGGUGAAGCUUUAUGCUCCACUACACUCAAGAAUUGAUCCGAGCAUUGCCGUCAUGCUACUGAUUUCCAUUGUCACAGUUGCAUUGGGGGGUUUCUGGAGCGGGGCAUGUGAGAGAGACCGGUUGAGCACUAGUGUCGGAGGGGGAGGAAGUGGUGAAAACAAAGCAGACAGUGGAGAGCUUUCCCUGUACUCUCCUCUCAAAGUGGUUAUCUUCGUUGCCCUGAUGUGCGGGAUGCUCGUCCUCAUGUACUACUUCUACAACAUCCUCGUUUACAUCAUUAUCGCUAUAUUCUGCCUGGCAUCUGCCACCGCGCUGUUCAGCUGUCUAGAUGCAGUGAUGGAAAAAAUGCAUUGUCCCACUGGGAGCUUCACUAUCCGAAAUUCAAACUUCUCAGUGAGGUCUCUCAUACUGGCUGCUGUGUGCAUUACCAUUGCAGUGAUCUGGGGAGUCUACAGGAAUGAAGAGAGAUGGAUCUGGAUCUUGCAGGAUCUGCUCGGCAUUGCUUUCUGCCUCAACUUCAUGAAGACCAUUUCACUGUCCAAUUUCAAGAUCUGUGUGAUUCUUCUGAGCCUCCUGCUUGUAUAUGACGUCUUCUUCGUUUUCAUCACUCCUUUCUUCACCAAGAACGGAGUCAGCAUCAUGGUGCAGGUUGCUCUGGGCCCAGAUGCAUCUGGAGAAAAGACGCAAGGUAACAUGGUGGAAGUCCCAGCUGAACCCCAGGCUCCCUCUGAGAAACUGCCUGUGGUGAUGCGUGUCCCACGGUUCUCAGCUUGGGCUCAGAACCUGUGCGGGAUGCAGUUCUCCAUUCUGGGUUAUGGAGAUAUCAUUGUUCCAGGUCUCCUGGUGGCCUACUGCAGCAGGUUUGACGUUUGGAUCCACAGCAGCAAGAAGAUCUACUUCCUCAGCUGCUGCAUUGCCUAUCUGCUGGGAAUGAUAACAACAUUUGCUGUGAUGCUGCUGUCAGGGAUGGGCCAGCCUGCUCUGCUCUACCUGGUGCCCUUCACCCUGAUAACCUCGGCCGUGGUGGCGGGGUGCAGGGGAGAAAUGAAGCAGUUCUGGGCAGGAACCACCUAUGAGGUCUUGGACUCAUCCAGGGAACCUUUGCUGCCAGAGGGAAGAACUGACUGCCCCAUAGAAAGAGAAACAUGCUGACGUACCAGCGUUGAGCAGGGACCCAACUGCUGGAUGCUUUUUUUUACAUUUUAAUAUCAAAUUUACCAAGCAAGGGAACUCUAUUGAUCAACAGAUUCUUAACAGUAUGGGUUAAUUGUGACUGCUGUGAAUGGCUUGUGUGAGGAAACAGAUGUUUUAAGUGAUUGAAAGGCUUGUUAGUGCCUGAAAGGUCUGUUAGAUUCAUGUUCAGAAAACUGUAAUGACUUUGCCUAUACAUCCUGCCUUGGUGAUUAUUGCAUACAAAAAAAGAGAAAGCACUUUAUAAUAUUUAGCUUGACAGUUGUUUCAUCAGGGGUAGGCGGGGAUCGGGGUUUAAAUUACUUGUAGCCUAAAUGAUACAUUUUUGAUAAUGGUUUUUGGGGUUUCUGUGUAACCUGUUUGUAUGAUGUGAUUUCUUUCGUUGCCUUAUAUUAAAUGAACAACUUAUAUUUAA